GCCGGAAGUGCGGACAGUUUAGUCGACGGAUGCGUCGGGAGUCUCUCGGCUUUUAUACAGGAGAAGCAACACGUUCUUCUCAAAAUCUUAAGAGAAGGCUUUACUGAGAUGUCUGCGUCUUUGAUCCGGAAAGGCCUGGAUCUGUUCAGCGAUGAUAUAAAAGAUGAAACAAAGACAGAAAGACAGAAAAAGAAGAAAAAAGCAGGAGCUGAAGUAAUGGAGCAGAUUAGCUCCAACAGGAUUGGGGUCAAGCGGCAAGUACAGAGAAUACGAGGCAUGGUUGGCAAGAAGAAGAACCAGGCCACCGUGAAGAGCAAACUUGUUAAGUCGGCUGUCGAGGAAUAUAAGAAAAGAGCAAAUAACAGUCAUCUAGAAAACAACCUGAAGUAUAUGCUGUAUGCAAGGUUUACUCCUGACUGUUCCAUAACAGAGAAGGUUGUACACCAGAAUUAUGGCAGAAAAUCCCGUGAUCAGCCUAAUCAAAAGAAGGAAAAUAAAUCUGAGAAGUCUAUGUUCACAGAAGCAGAUUUCCAGCAUUUCCAGAAGGAUUACUUUGGACGUCAAGUGGAGAGGAAAUAAGAUUUUACAAGACACUACCUGAAAAGGUGCCUUUGCUGCUUUAUGAGUGUUAAUGUGUAACAGAUGAAUUCAGCCUGAAUGUUUUGGAAUGAACUUAUUUCUCUUCGAGAGAGGGAUCAAUUUGGAGAAAUACAUAAAUGAAUAUGUGCCAAAAUAUAAAUCUGUUACCAUUCAAGAAUGAAGAGAGAUGACAGAAAAUGAUGGGGGCCAGUUGUGCUCUAGUAAAAUGUACAGAAUGUGAUGUACUGAAGUUUAUAACUACCACCUACUGUGAAUAUCUUCUUUCAUUUUUUAUUGUCUUGGUAAAGUCAAUACACUUUACGUUAUGAUUAUUGUUAGGGAGGAAAAAAAAACACGAAUGAAAAAAGUUGGUAUAAUUUCAGUCAUGAAUUGCAUUGGUAUAAUUUCAUUUUGUAAAUUACUUGGCAACCUUUUUGGAUACUGGCAAUAAGCAGAAGGAAGUACUAAACUUUUAUUCAUAUAUAAAAAAUAAUAAUAAUGGAAUUGGUUUACUCUGCCUGCAUGGAUGAUCUAGCCUUCUGCAGUGUACAUUUAAAAAAAAAAA